UCUAACUGGUUGUUCUUUAUGUCGACAGGUGUGUGGAGUGCGUCCGGCCAGGCCAUGCCUUUCUCAUCCAAGGACUUGAGCAUCAUGCUGCGCUCUGACCUGUUCCGGGCGAUGCCGGAGGGGGUCGCUGUCGGCCCCAACAGCCGGAGCUCCUCUUCCUCUGCCGAUGACCCGGAGCGGCGUUGGUGGUGCAACGUGUGCCCGGCAAAGUUCAAGAUGAAGCAGCACCUGGCCGUGCACUACCGCUUGCACACGGGCGAGAAGCCGUACAAGUGCCCGCAUUGCCCCAAGACGUUCAGGCAUCGCAGCAGUCAGGACUACCACGCGCAGGUGCACCGCCGUGAUCACGAGCUGCAGAAGUUCCUCCAGGAGAACUGUAGCCAACCUCCUCCGGGUCAUGGAGGACCUGUCGGGGCCCCGGGGUCUACGGGGCCGUCUGGGUCCUUAGCACCCCCAGGACCCUCCGGACCCUCUGGAACUUUAGGACCCUUGGGACCCCAGGGACACCCUGCAUUGUCUGGUCUUCCGGGUAUUCCAGGGCUACCGGGGCCUGCGGGAAAAUGGGGCCUAUGACAGAAACCACUUUAUAGCGAUCGUCGUUUUUGCCCUUUUUAACUUAAUUACUUUUUUUGCGAACAAAUGUUACCUUUUUGUGUAUAUUAUAUUUGAUGAUGGACGUAGCCAUUGGAUCGUUUACAAAAUAUAGACUGGAUACCUAGGG